AGUACGAAGACGAAAAGAGAGUCUUUCUGAAUUAUUAUAAGAGCUUCUAACAUAGUAAAAUUCGACGAAUAAACCAAACAUAUCAUGCUUUGAUCGUUUCAAGUAUAUCUGAUCGGACGUUUAGCUGGACCGGGGAGUAUUACAAUUGCAAACCAGGAGAUGGAGGCUGUGUUUGAGGACUCGGAGGUGCGUCUGGUGGAAGAGGUGGAGAGCUGUUACUCGUCGCUGGAGGUUCCGUCACCCAAGAGGAGGAGGAAGCCUAAAGGCCACGCAGAACGCCUCGACAAAACCAAGAAACCCAGGUCAGCGUAUCUGCUGUACUACUUUGACGUGCACCAGCGUCUGCAGCAGGAGCACCCUGACCUGCCGCAGUCGGAGAUCAACAAGCGCAUCAGCGAGAGCUGGCGCAGGCUCAGUGUGGCCGAUAAGGCUUUCUAUCUGGACCGGGCCCUACUGGAACGGGACGGACUCACGCAGAGAGCCGUCUCUGCGGUGGCGUCCCAGGAUGUUCCAGGGUUCCGGAGGAUUCUCCCGCGGGCGAGCUUCGUGCUGCUGCCCAAAGGCGGCGUGCUGGACGAGCAGGCGGGCGGGGCCGUGGAGGUGUGUGUGGACGACGGCGGCGGUGGCGGCGGUGUGUGUGGUGAGUCUCCACUCUUCUCUCCGAUGGCGCUGGGCAGCGAGGUGGAGCUGGCCGAGCAGAGCGUCGCCAUGGAGAUGCCGAGGGAUGACACAGCUGCCGCCAACGCUUCUGUCGCUGUGGCAACGCUGCCUCAGCCACACGCUCUCACACACACGCUGACCAGCUGCCCCGUCAAGGAGCAGGAGGCCACACCCACCACUGCAGUUGGCAUGGUGAUGGAGGAGGGCCUGUUGAAGACAGACUCCACCCACCUGGUGGCCAUCAUACCCAAUCAGAACCUUCUGGAGAGCAAGGUCAUGACCCCCGCCAGCUCCGUGCUCAUGCUGCCCCUCAUGUCCAGCGUGGAUGCCGCCCCCACGCCGGCCGUCAAACUGUCCAUAAAGUACACCCGGAGAGGGAGGGGUAGUUGCCACACGCCAGGCUGCCCCUUCACCUACGUCACGCGGCACAAACCGCCCCUCUGCCCCCUCUGUGGGCUACACCUGGGGGGCAAGUGGAUCGCUGUGGGGAAGAAAGACUCCGAUAAAGCAGGUGCGCUGCCUAGCAACGACAAGCCAUCGCCAUGGACACCACAGAAGGACACACCCCCUCCCUCCGCACCACACUCACAAGAGGCGGAGCCAGGGGCGGGCCUUAGCGCCCAUCAGAACUCUGCAGCUAACGCUAAGCAACGCCAGACCAUCGUCCGGUUGCCACGGGAACGGCGGGCACCCACCCAGCCACCAGAGGGUGCUGGCGCAGAGGGCACGGAGAGUGUGGAGGGCGCCGAGCAGAACGCCACCAGUGCCACCGCCGCCAUCACGGCCACCAGGCAUAGCACCGCUACUGAGGGCCGCGGCAGGAGAGCCUCCAGUGGACGCUCUCGAGGGAGAGCCAGAAGUGUGGGUACUGGACAGAAGCGUCCUGUGAGAGCAAUACUGCCAGCUCCCACCAAAGCAGUCCCUUCCCCGGCUACUGUAGUCCAGUUCAUCACUGUCCCUUCUUCCAACAAGCCCAAGGUUGAAGUUAAGAACAGCAGCACCAUUAAAACAGUAAAAGUCCCCUGUGAAAUAUCUGGCCUGAAACCCAGUACACUGAAACAGCUUGGGCACACCCUACCUUCCCCAACCCCAGAGCAGAAGCCUGCGUCCCGUCUGACCGGUGGUCAGUUUAUCAUAACGGAAAACAGCCUGAAGAUGCUGUCCAUGGUCCCCUUCAAACAGAACACUGGCGCCAACCUGGACCUGGGCCUGUCGACGGCACGUGGCCGUGGUCGUUGUAAGAACCCUGGAUGCGACUACGUCUACAAGAACCGUCAUAAGCCCGCCCACUGCCCCGCCUGCGGCUGGGAACUCAGCAAGAACCCCGCGCGCAAGAGCAAAGCUAUGGCUGCUGAGGACUGCAGAGGUGAUGCAGAGUGUGUGUUAGACCCAUACACUCCUCUGACGGCGGCGCAGAGGGACGUCCAGAGACAGAACACACUCCAGUUGCUACGGCAAUGCCUACAGAUUCCAGAGAGCGAGGGAGAACUUCAGGAUACACUCACACUCAUCCAGGAGCUCAACAACACACAGGUGGUGGUGUCCUCUACAGAUGAGCAGCUGAGUGCUCAGCUCCAGAGCAGCUGGCCACGAUUCUACGAGUCGCCCGCAGAACACUGCAGCCUCUGUCAGUUCCCUCUGUUUAAAGGAGGACAGAGCUCUGUGGCAGGGCAGGAGGACUGCUGGUUACUGACUGAAUCUCAUCUGCAGACGGCCUCCAUUCAGCUGAAGAUUUGCACCAACACACAGUGCCUGGCCCUACACAGCCUCAUCGAUAUUCACCCAGGUCUGUUUAACGUGGGGAAUAAGCUGCUGGUGAGUCUGGAUCUGUUCUUUAAGAUCCGUAACCACCUCAGACUAGGCCACGACCCAGCACAAGCUGCUGUCGCCAUAUUGCAGAACGUCCAGAACCAACCAGUGAGUACGCUGAGUGGUUCGGAGCUGUCUGAGUUGGUGUCGUUGGUGCUGGCUGGCUACUGGGCGUUUGAGAGCCUGACGCUGCGCGACUACAACGACAUGAUCUGCGGGGUGUGUGGCGUCGCCCCCAGAGUGGAGAUGGCCCAGCGGAACAGCAACAACACACUGCUGCUGCGCAAUGUGGAGUUCACGUGGCCUGAGUAUGCCGUGUCUGAUGAGGUUCAGGUCGAUGACUUCUGGUUGACGAUGGAGAACGAGGCGCUGGAACAGGCCGCCUUCCCCUCCAGUCCACCAAUCACGCGCUUCGACGCCUCCAUCAUCGCCCCCUUCAUCCCGCCCCUCAUGAGGGCAGCUGCCGUCAUCAACACCGAGAAGGACAAGAGCAACACACACACACCUGCAGGGGACACCUCCACUCUUGUGCGUCUGAUCCAUGAGGGCCUUCUGAAGCCAGAGCAGAUGCAUGAACACACACCAGAGGAACUGCAGAGUGUGUUAGAGCGCUGUGGAGCUCCCACAACAUCCAACAGCACCCAGGAGGAGCUGUUGGAGAGUGUGUGUUCCCUGUACACACACAUCCAGAGCGGCCAGCUGACCGGCCCCCCUCCUCCCUCUCACUUGACCGCAGGCAGGCUUAGUAAAGUCUGUCCUCACCAGGUGGUGUGUGGCAGUAAGUAUCUGGUGCGUAGUGAGAGUGCUCGGGACCAUGUGGACCUGCUGGUGUCGUCGCGGUUCUGGCCGGUGGUGUACGUGGCGGACUGUGGCCAACAGGUGGCGCUGUGUACGGAAGCACUCUACCCCCCACUGGCCCACAGCAUGUGGGGACACAGGCAGGGGGGGGUCACCCACACACUGGACACACAACAGCCGGUGUCGUGUGAGGAGCUGCAGGAUCAUCUCCAGAACUCCGAGCCGCCGCUGUUGGACCCGUCCAGUUUGGACUCCUCCCCCUUGCACCCCCUCACACACUCCACCUCUCGCUGGGUGCUGCAUCCCCCGACACACACACACUCACACUCACACCGCUCCACAGACGCCUGCCCUGAGCUGCAGCCCUACCUUAGCCCCGCCCAGGAGGAGGGGUCAGACGAGGAGGCCACGCCCCCAGGUGCUCUACAGGACCAGGAAGUGACCUUUGAGAACGCCGCAUUCUACUUCCUGUACAACCGGCUGCUAGACUUCCUGUGGAGCCGUGAGGUGGUGAACAGGCAGAUCUCACAGGUGCUGCAGAGCUGCGGAGCAGGAGAGGUGGUGAUCAGGGACGCCCUCUACAGGCUGGGAGUAGCACACAUCAACGCCCAGCACGAGGACACACAGGAGGAGGAGACGCAGGAGGAGGAGAGGGAGUGAGAUGGAGAGAUGAAGAGAGAGAGAGAGGGAUAGAGAGUGAGAAAGUGAGAGAUGGAAAGAGAGAGAGAGGAAGAGAGAACAGCAGAGAAAAGAGAGCGAGAUACACAGGGCUCUUCCCAACCCUCUCUCCUCGGUCCUCCGGCUCGUUCCCACUGAUCUAUAAGGAACACUGGAUAGACCAUCCCAUUGAUGCCGCCCCAUCAUCAUUAAGAGAUCAGUGGGAACGAGCCGGAGGACCGAUGACCGGAUUGAGAAGAGCCUAUAGAACAGCAGAGAGAGAGAGAGAGAGAGAGAGAGAUACACAGUAUAGUCGAGAGAAAGAGAGAUGGAGACGUAGACCAAGAAAACCAAGAGUGACACACACACCAACAGAGCAACAGAAAGUGAGAGAUGUAGUAACACAACACACAAGGAACCAUAUAUAGACAGAGUGAGAGAAGCUGUGUGUGUGUGUGUGUGUGUGUGUGUGUGUGUGUGUGUGUGUGUGUGUGUGUGUGUGUGUGUGUGUGUGUGUGUGUGUGUGUGUGUGUGUGUGUGUGUGUGUGUGUGUGUGUGUGUGUGUGUGUGUGUGUGUGUGUGUGUGUGUUUGUGUGUGAAUGCAAGGGGUGCAGUGGAUAAGGGAGAGGAUAGUGUGAGAGAGGGUGGAGAUGGCGAAGUGGGGUGUGUGUGUUUUGAUGCUUUUGCUCUGAAGGCCCUAAAGAGAUUAGUCAGUAGAAUCAAAUGCUGCCGUUUAUCUGUGAAGCGGGAAACAGCAACUCAUACCGGAAGACAGGUGUGUGUGUGUGUGUGUGUGUGUGUGUGUUGCGUGUGUGUGUGUAGUAUCUGCUUUUGAAAAGGCGAGUGGAGGGGAGAGUAAUUCUCCUCUGUGGCCAGCAGGUGGCAGUAUAGCACUGUGAGAGAUACAAGGCAGAUGGGGCAGUGGUCAGUAUACAGGAGAGGUGGAUCAUGUGGAAAGGAACUCUUCAUUGGUGUGUGUGUGUGUGUAUUUAACUAUAUUUAAGUGUGUUUGGAAACCUGACUGUGUAUUAGUAUGUUGCACACAUGGUUAUUUUGGUGGUUUUACAGACACAUUAACUUAACACAACCAGCAGGUAAUUGUCACUCAUUGUGUGUGUGUGUGUGUGUGUGUGUGUGUGUGUGUGUGUGUGUGUGUGUGUGUGUGUGUGUGUGUGUGUGUGUGUGUGUGUGUGUGUGUGUGUGUGUGUGUGUGUGUGUGUGUGUGUGUGUGUGUGUGUGUGUGUGUGUGUGUGUGUGUGUGUGUGUGUGUGUUUUAGUAUUCAUAUUCAGGAGUUAUCAUUAUAUGACAAGUGGCCUGUGACUGAAAGUGCUGAUGGGAUAUGCAGUUUAUGUGUCUGUUGUCUCACCUGUUGGAUUCCAGCAGGCUUUGUGUGUGUGUGUGUGUGUGUGUGUGUGUGUGAAAGAGAGUAUGUUUGUUAAUAUUUUAAUUAAUAAUGUACAAUAUACAGUACUCUCUGAAUGUAAACAUGGACUUUGAUCUCCGAAAUUGCCUACACACUUGUGUGUGUGUGUGUGUGUGUGUGAGAGAGAGAGAGAGAGAGAGAGAGAGAGAGAGAGAGAGAGAACCAGAGUGGAUCAUAUAAAUGUCUUGUCUUGGAUGUUGAA